AUCUCACGUGUUUAGACGAAACGUCAAAAAAGGGAUUCGCAUCAAAAACAUUAGCAUUUUAUUUCGUAAUCGUAAUAAAUUGUAGUUUGUAAUUUUAUUACUGUUAACGAGAACCUGUAGUGUCGUAAUCGGGUGGUUUAACUAAUUAGUUGUUUGCUUCGGUUUCGUCGCCUACAAGAAUGGCCAACAGUCGAUUAGAGAAAAUUGGCACUAUUGUUACCCGAACGCAGGGUCUUCUCCGUGCCGGUGCAAUGAAAUGGGAAGAUCGACCACUUUGGUACGACGUUGUAGCCGCGUUCCCACCGAAAGAAGAACCCCGCUUUGAUCGACCUGCGCCGAAAGUUAAGGUCCGAUCAAUUUUCUACGCCGAAGAUAAAAUCCGGGCUAAAUAUCACCAAAAAGUCGCUGCCAACCAUAUGGUUAAUUUGGCAGAUGUACGAAAUAAAACCCCUACACAGCAUUUCAUCGAAAUCUACCGCAAUCUAGAAACGCAAGGAGCACUGGACGAGGAGCGGGUCUUUGAAACCGUCCAGGAAAUGUUGGAAGAAAAACUGAAGGAGCUUAGACUUGAGCGCGGAUCGUCUGCUGCUCCUGUGGCUGUCCCUAUGCAAGCUACGGAGCCGGAACCAAAGGGUAAAACGGUGCAGUUGCAGGACAUUUUCAAAGAUUAGAUAAGUUACAUUUUUCGGUUGUAUUAGUAAAAC